UCCGACAUCUCGGACCUGGGAGCUCUGUCAUCAACGGCGACCAUGCAAAAAUUUGCAAUGAGCUGAGCUCUUGAACUUUUCUAAUCUCACAGAUCGCACCGACACUUCGUCCCUUCUCCUCUGAUCCGCACAGCCGCGAGGUUUAAGGAAUUCGAGCUGCUUUGCUCGGAUAUGUUUGCAUUUGGUGAUGCUUGCUUUAGCUGUUGGCAGCGUCUAAUGAGCAGCAUGGAUUCCUAGUUAAUUGCCGCUCAGAGUUCACUGGAGUGAAUGUGUAUGGUUCGGACUCAGUAGGCGUUUCUUUGCUGAGGCAAGACUUGCAAGAUUUUCAAGGGGGCGAAGAUAAAGUGAACCGGUCAAAAUGCAGAGGGCUCCUGCCACUGUCGAGGAGCAGUUGAUAUGGAAAGCAAUCAAGGAGGAAUGCCCCUGGGAGAGUCUCCCUAAACGCCUUCAAGCCACUCUUUCUUCCAAAGAAGAAUGGCACAGGAGGAUAAUUGAACAUUGUAUGAAGAAGAGACUGCAGUGGAAUACCUGUUUUGCUCGCAAAGUCUGCAAGGAAAGUGAAUAUUAUGAGGACAUGAUGCGGUACCUCCGAAAGAACUUGGCGUUGUUCCCUUACCACCUUGCGGAGUAUGUUUGCCGUGUCAUGAGGAUAUCACCUUUCAGAUAUUACUGUGAUAUGAUAUUUGAGGUCAUGAAAAAUGAGCAACCUUACGACAGCAUACCGAAUUUUAGCGCCGCAGAUGCUUUGCGGCUGACGGGAAUAGGGAGGAAUGAAUUUAUUGAUAUCAUGAACAAAUGCAGAUCCAAGAAAAUCAUGUGGAAGUUAAACAAGUCAAUUGCCAAAGAAUUGUUGCCGACACAACCUGUGGAGUUUACUAUUGAACCUUGGUGGGGAAUAUGCCUCGUCAACUUCACCCUUGAAGAAUUUAAGAAACUCUCAGAAGAGGAAAUGGCAACAAUAGAUAAAAUCUGCAAGGAAGAAGCGAAUGCAUAUAUUUUAUUUGAUCCUAAUGUCAUAAAAGGUUUAUACCAGCGGAGCCUAAUCUACUUUGAUGUCCCAGUAUAUCCCGAAGACCGAUUUAAAGUUUCCAGGCUCGAGGGAUUUGUUUCAAACAGAGAGCAGUCUUAUGAAGAUCCCAUCGAGGAAUUGCUCUAUGCUGUGUUCGUUGUUUCAAGCGAGAAUGCAACUGUGGCUGAAUUAGCAACAACUCUACAGGCUGAUCUUCAGCAGUUGCAAGCUGCUGCAUCUUUUGCUUGCAGACUAGGAUGGGCAGUAAAAGUAAUUGAUCCAGCUUCUGUUCUUCAAGAGAGAAGCAUCCCAGGCUCUCCGAGAACUGCUCGCACUGAUGAAGAUGCUUUCAGUACUGGUGCGGAAAGCAUUUUAACAGAUGGCGAUACUUCUCAGCAGGGAGAAGUUUUUUUGUCAGACAACAAUAAGCCUGCCUCUGAGCAUGUUCGUGUUGCUUUUAUUGUUGAUGCUAAUAUCACAUCCUAUCUCAUGAUGGGAUCUGUUUCACCAGGCUUGAAAUCCCAUGCCGUAACACUAUACGAAGCAGGGAAAUUGGGUCAUGGAAGCAUAGCAGAUCUCUGUAAGGAUCUGAGCACAUUGGAAGGAGCAAAGUUUGAGGGAGAACUGCAGGAAUUUGCAAACCACGCCUUUAGCCUCCGUUGUGUUCUGGAGUGUUUGCAAUCUGGGGGUGUCACUGCUGAUGCGAGCUUGGAGAAAGUCUGCAAUACGUUGGAAGAUUUGCCCUCAACCGAUGACACCACUGUUUCUCUUGUGGCAGACAUCUCUUUGUCUGACAAAUCGGGAAACACUAGUACUAAAGAAAAUGGUUUGGAAGGCGACGAUUCCUUAAAACCUGAAGCAACUGAAGCAGGUUCCUCGAUCUUAGAAGAGCCCUCAGCUGCAAGAACUGGUGACGAGUCCUCAACUGCAAGCAAUGCAUCUGAAGUCGAUAGUAGCUGCUUAAAUGAGAUCGCUAGCUCUGACCCAAAUGCCCAAAACGAGAAUAGGACGGUACCAGUUGAAGGUGUGGACACUGGAAAGGGUACUUCGAGGAGGAGAAAGAAUUAUCGGGUAGAUAUCCUUCGCUGUGAAAGCUUGGCCUCUCUUGCCCCAGCUACUUUAGAUCGGUUGUUUCUCCGAGACUAUGAUUUGCUCAUAGAUAUGGUCCCACUUCCCUUAUCAUCCAUUCUUCCCGGGUCCACCGGUCCAAUUCAUUUUGGUCCCCCAUCGUACUCAUCCAUGACACCUUGGAUGAAGUUGGUACUAUAUUCAACGGUGGCUAGUGGGCCCCUUUCUGUUGUUUUGAUGAAGGGACAAUGCUUACGCUUGCUUCCUGCUCCACUAGCAGGAUGUGAGAAAGCUCUUAUAUGGUCCUGGGAUGGGUCUACUGUAGGCGGUCUGGGCGGUAAGUUUGAAGGAAAUCUAGUGAAGGGAAGCGUGCUCUUACACUGUAUAAACUCUCUUCUGAAGCACUCCGCUGUACUGGUUCAGCCCCUAAGUAGGUAUGAUCUCGAUGAUUCUGGUAAAGCUGUAACCCUUGAUGUUCCAUUGCCUCUGAAGAACUUUGACGGUUCAGUUGCUUACAUUGGUGAGGAACUGGGACUGUCUCCUGGAGAGUGUUCAAAGUUGAAUGCUCUGCUGAGAGAACUGACAGAAAAGAUAGACUUGUGGACAAUCGGGUACAUUCGCCUGCUAAAACUUUUCAAAGCAAGAGACUCAGAACGUUUUUCUCCCGAUGAUGACAAGUAUGAGUGGGUCCCUCUGAGCGUGGAAUUUGGGGUCCCACUCUUCAGUCCAAAGUUGUGCAACAGUAUAUGUAAAAGGGUUGUUUCAUCUCACUUACUUCAAACAGAUUCAGUAAGUGAGCAUCACGAUGCUAUGCAAAGUCUACGGAAAAAGUUACGUGAAAUUUGUGCAGAGUACCAAGCGACAGGUCCAUCUGCAAAACUUCUUUACCAGAAGGAACAAGCAAAGGAGUCUACAAAACAGCUCAUUAAUUACGCCAGUGGAAGGUGGAACCCACUCGUGGACCCAUCUUCUCCGAUCACCGGUGCCUCCAGUGAGCAUCAGAGACUGAAACUCGCUAAUCGCCAGAGAUGCCGAACUGAAGUUCUGAGCUUCGAUGGUAGCAUAUUAAGAUCAUAUGCAUUGACUCCUGUUUAUGAGGCAGCCACGAGGCCCAUCGAAGAAUAUGGGUCAGUGAGUGCAACGAAAGCAGACUCAGAUGAAGCAAACAGCAGAGAAGUGAUCCUUCCCGGUGUAAAUCUCAUAUUUGACGGUUCUGAGUUGCACCCCUUUGAUAUCGGUGCUUGCCUCCAAGCUCGUCAGCCCAUAUCCCUAAUCGCCGAGGCUUCUUCUGCCUGUGCUGCUUUUGCAGUCAAAUAGCUUCCCUCCUUCCUGUCCCUGAACGUAGAUUGAGGAGAAAUAGCAUACAUCUAUACAGACAAUCGCAGUAUUCAUUACGUGCCAACUGAUCGUCAGGUUCUUUGGCUUCAAGACUGAGGCUUUUCAUUCUUCGUGAGCUUGGGCUUGUCCUGAAAGAUAAAUAUCAAGCUUUCCGGAUUUCCAUAGUUCGUGCUAUAUCUCCCCAAGCUUCUUAUCAUUUUUUUACGGUUUCAACAUGUAAUGCAGGUGGUACUCGAGCUACUUGGUGCACUUCAAGGUUGUGUGUAGGCCAGAGGAAACAUAUGGCCAUCUAUUUCAUUCGAACGAAACCGUCUAUCGCGUGGAGCUUUUUGUAGGCUACAAUAGACAUCUUUGUGUGAUAUUUGUCAGUUUGGCACGUCAGUAAAGAAGAUUUUCCUAGCGCAAAAAAAUCAUUUCAUGGGUUCGGCAUCUAUCAUCAAGAGGAUUAUAUGAAUCUAGAUCUUGCUUUACUA